GAGCGCUCCUCCUCGGCCACCAUCUCCAGGUUUCGGGGCUGGAUCGUCCACACGGAGCAGCAGGCCGCCGGUCAGCGAGCAGCUCCACAUAAAUGGGACAGAAGCACCGACGCUCAGCGCUCGCCUCGGCCGCCUCGGAUCGUCCUCCUCCGGGAUGUGGCUUCGCCCGCUGCCGCUGCUGCUCUGCGCUCUGAGCGCCCGGGCGGACUUCUUCCAGUUCGACAGCCUCUGCAACGUCUCCACGUACUAUUUUAAUUACAUUUAUUGCAACAUAUGGGAGGGGGAGUGUCAGCCGAACCAGGACGAUGCCUCGCAGCAGGUUCCUACCAGGGAUCUGUGGGCAGGUUUUCCUCAGGACUACUUGAGCCUGCUGCACCAGUGGUACUGUAGUCUGGGUCAGUGCUGCGAGUCUGGAGACUGCAGGAUCACCAACAACAUCACAGGUUUGGCCAGAGACCUCCAGACGAAGCUCCACGGGCAGCACCUGGCCCAGUCGGUGGUUCUGAAAGCCAUCCAGGGUUUCAUCAACAACCCCGAGUCCAACAAGCCGCUGACGCUCUCCUUCCACGGCUGGUCCGGCACCGGCAAGAACUUCGUGGCCCGGAUCAUCGCCGACAACCUGUACAGGGACGGGGUGAAGAGCGAGUGCGUCCGGCUGUUCAUCGCCCCGUUCCACUUCCCCCACGGCCGGCUGGUCGACACGUACAAGGGUCAGCUGCGAGAGGCGAUCAGGGACAUGGUGCUCCGCUGCCCCCAGACCCUGUUCAUCUUCGACGAGGCCGAGAAGCUCCAUCCAGGCCUCAUCGACGCCAUCAAGCCCUACAUGGAUCACUACGACAACGUGGACGGAGUCAGCUACCGCCGAGCCGUCUUCCUCUUCCUCAGUAAUAUCGGAGGUGCGACAAUCAAUGACGUGGCGCUGGACUUCUGGCACUCCGGUCAGAAUCGAGAGGACAUCGGCAUGGAAGACCUGGAGCACCGACUGCGAGCAGAAACGAUGGAGUCUCAAGGCGGUUUUGCUCAGAGCGAGCUGAUGUCCGGCCACCUCAUCGACUUCUUCGUUCCCUUCCUGCCUCUGGAGUAUCGCCACGUCAAGCUCUGCGCUCGGGACGCCUACGCAGCUCGAGGCCUGGAGACGGACGAAGCCACGCUGGACGAGGUGGCCAAGGCGAUGCUGUACGUCCCCAAAGAGGAGAGACUCUUCUCAGCCCAGGGGUGCAAAUCCAUCCCUCAGAGGAUCAACUUCUUCCUCCCCUAGACGGAGACACUCACAGACAGAAAGGAAAGCAGAAAGAGAGACCUGGAGGAGGUGUAAGAUGCUCGACCAGCCCAUCUGCAUGCAGAGCCUCGGAGGAGAUGCGCUCUGCUCUGCCGGCUUCCACCCACGGAUGAAGCGUCCAUCCAGGUCCCUCAGAGGAGGCCAGGCAGCGGGGCAGAUGCAGCGUCUGUCGGAGGGCGGAGCGGCAUCCUGCAGAGAUCAGCGGCGGGCGUUCGUCACGUGGAGGGCGGCUGCUUCUCCUUCACCUGCCUGGUUCACUCCUCACAGCGUCAAAGCCAAGAAGACGGUGCAGCUUCUGCAGCGGUUCCCAUAGAAAGAUGCAUCUUCUGUCACACUGUUCACGUCUGCUUUUUAAGUUCACAGCGUUGUAUUUGCAUGUCGCUCACCGUGCUUGAAUUAUUUAUUGAUAUCAUCGGUGCCAUAUUUGAACAUUUUACAUUUUUUAUUUUAGGAUCUGUUGGUUCUUGAAGUCUAAUGAGAGUAUUGAAUGGCCAAAUGUUGGGAACAGUGAGGAGAACAAGGAUGGAAAUUGUUCCUAGAAAACCAUUUGUCAGAAAAAAUCAACUAUUUCAGAGUCAGUUUUAUUUGUGUCACGGUAUUUAAUAAUAAUGUGUUUAUUUGCUCCUUUUUAGUACAGUAAUUUUAGUGACUUUUGUAGGAACCUGCAUCAUCUUUCCCUAUUAUUCAGGAUGCUACUUUGGGUUGUAGUUUAUUUCUCAUUCACUGCCACACAGGUCCUGCUUUAGUGAUUUAGUUUUUUAAAACUUCACAAUAAGAACACGGAAAGAAAUUCUGUGAGACGUGGACAAAAGGAAUAAACAGUACACCAAAUCCAUGCAGUGAUUUGAAGGCAUUGGUUGGUUUGUAAUGUAAAUGUUCUCAAUUAUCUAUUUGUUAUUGUCUGUGGAGUUUUGUUUUUUUUAAAUGUGCGUCAUACCAGAGGUGGUUCCUGCACAAAUCUAGAGCUGGAGGGAUUUGUUAAUAGAACAGUUUUUAAAUCCACUGGUUUCAGCUUCUCAAAAAGUGCAUAUUUGCUGUGUCUUUGCGACCUCCAGUGACUGUUGAGAAAAUCUUUAAAUAUUUGAGUGUUCAUUGGACAAAGCAAGAAAUUAAAAUCCGACAGCCCAACA